UAUACGAUAAUCAAUUGAACGCCUGUGCUAGUGAUAAUGAGCAGAACGAAUGGCAAUAAAAUGUGAUAUAUAAAAAGAUCGAAGUAAAAUUUGCAUUCGCAGUUUACUUCAGGGAGACAACUUUACAGGAUUGAAAUAAUGUGGAACUGGCUCUUCCUCACGCUGUGCUUCACUGCGACAUUCAUGUCGGAGGCUGAUUCACAGUUUGAGCAGCCCUGGAGUCAUCGUCUACCAAUACCUGGAGGGCCCGGAAGGAUGCAUCCUCCUGCAUAUCUAAGACCUGGGAUUUGGCCUUAUGAACGACUCCCAAAACCAGAAACACCUGGGUGUGGCUGUCCUCCUAUAAAUCCAAAACCACGAAAUCCUGGUUGGGGCUAUCCUACUUUAAAUCCAAGACCAGGAAACCCUGGUUGGGACUAUCCUUCUUUAAAUCCAAGACCAGAAAACCCUGGUUGGGGCUAUCCUUCUUUAAAUCCAAGACCAGGAAACCCUGGUUGGAGCUAUCCUUCUUUAAAUCCAAGACCAGGAAAACCCUGGUUUGGACUAUCCUUCUUUAAAUCCAAGACCAGGAAACCCUGGUUGGGGCUAUCCUUCUUUAAAUCCAAGACCAGGAAACCCUGGUUGGAGCUAUCCUUCUUUAAAUCCAAGACCAGAAAACCCUGGUUGGAGCUAUCCUACUUUAAAUCCAAGACCAGGAAACCUGGUUGGGGCUAUCCUCCUUUAAAUCCAAGACCGCAACGACCCCGAGGAAUUUGGCAACCGUAUGCAGCUGGAAGAACAAAUAGAUUUUUGACUUCUGAAUAUCCUGCAGCUGUAUCCGAUAUGGCUUGGGGUAAUUUCUUGUAACAUUUUUAUGAGGGGUAAAUACGUCUAAACGGCUUUCCUCUAGAGAUGGAUCAGUGUAGAUUUUACAUUUUGAUGGGUUUACCGUUGUAUGUAGUUUAAUAGAAUACAUUUAUGUUCCACAAAAUGCUAA